AUGGUGGAGAAGCAGGGUAACUCUCGUGUCAAACCCAGAAAUCCAGCACGCCUAGAUGAGACAAGGCCUCUCAAUCCACCUCCCGUCCCAGAUAACACGGAUGUCGCCUCAGCCGACGAAAGCAAGUCAGAUGUGUCCAUACUAUCUGAGAGCAACGACGACGAGACACUGACCCAAUCUGUUGUCCCAUGCACCCCAACAAAUCCGAAUGCGCACUUUGACUCGAAGGACUCGUACUUCGCGUCAAUUCUUACGUCUAGGAUGUUAUCGCUGCUGGCCUCUGGCGUGCAGUCUGCGAACGAAACAAUUCAUCACUUAGCUCAAGUGUCUACCCACACCCAUG